AUGUAUAUACCAGCUGGGCUUGUCAAAGAUCAGACCUUGCUGUCACAGACUGCGGCAACCAGGAAUGACUUCACCCUGCAGCUACCCAAACUACACCUAGAGACCUUUGCAGUGGAAGGGCUGAAGGGCAGGCCAGAGGUUGUAGCAUUUCAGGCCAUGAUUAAAAGUUUUAUGGAUGUCUACCAACUUGCAAGUUCCAGAAUUGACAUGUUAGUGAGAAAAACAGCAUCUCAUCAGCUUCACAAUGCGGCCCUGAAGUCCAAGCUCCAAGCAGCUUGUCUUCAUGAAAGUCAGGGCUCACAGUUGGAAUCAGGAGGAAGUUCAAACAUCACCACAGAUUCAAGCUAGGAAUCCAGCCUGACCAGAGUUGUAGCCCAGAUUUUUUGGCAUUAUAAGCUGAACCUGACACAUCCUACAGUUUUAUGCACAAUAGAACCAGUUCUCAGUCUUCAGUCUAUUCCUUCAGCCUGAAUGUCACAUCCA